AUCAAAAAGUGGGUUGUGGCACGGACAUGAGCUGGUUUACUUUUUACGACAUGAUUUUAACUAAGACAUCUUUCUCAGAUGGUCUGACAUGAGAUACUGUAACAUCAAUUUUACUUUGUAUAGUAGUUUUGAAUGCAAUUCCAAGACACAUCGAGUUCACCAGAACCGCUUUGAAAACUAUUUGCGCGCGUUAAUCGAAACAAAAUGAAAUUUCGAUUAGUCUUGUACUGCGUGAUUGGUAUCUUCUGUUUGGCAAGUGGAGCCCGGGUCCCGGAUAUCAGGAAGAUUCAAACAUGGAAGCUAACGGGGUGCUCCGCAGAACGGACCAAAGCUGCUUACCAGUUCAAGACAGUUGUCCAUGUCGCUGACUUCCAACAUCGCGACUACGAAGACUACAGACUUUGUCAGAGAGACGAAACAGAUUGCAUCACUUAUCUGUCAUGGAUCAGCAGAUAUCAUGGACCGAAAGGUGAGACUAGGAGGAUUGUGUCAACUAUCACCUUACUGCCCCCGUACGAUCCAGCAUAUCGAGAUUGUAAGAAUUGCAUCCUGCAGUGGAGAAUCAGAAACACAGAUGGGCGUCACUCCGGAUGGAAAACUUGCAACAAGCAGGGUCUACAUCACGGUUCAAGGCCACGACGAUCGGUUAUCGACGAGGUAACUUUGGCCCCUCCAAUCGGCGGCCAUAAGAUUGAUUCAAUCGACUUACAGUUCGAGAAAACUAGUCCCCCUCCAACAGUGAGACCGAAAGGCAAAGCAAUGCUGGUGUGUACAGCUGUCGGUCGAUGGGCUGGGAAUCGUCAUAUGGGGAACCGUAUGAAAGGAUGGUGUCAGAAGAACUGUCAGGCGGGGAACUGUCCAAGGAAUCAAUGCAGGUGUCGCAUGACCUACCCGCCAGAACCCACCAAACCACCGAAACCAACGGCGGGGCCAAACGGAAAAGGCAUUCUGGUGUGUACAGUUAUCGGCCGUUGGUCUGGCGGCUAUGUUCGGGGGGAGUUAAUGAGAAAUUGGUGUCAGCAGAACUGUCAUAAGGAAGGGAUCUGCGGCGUACGGAACCGCUACCACUGCACCUGCAAGAUGACCUACCCAACAGUGCCAAUUCAACCACCUAAGCCAUAUAGGUGUAGAGCAGUUGGUGCUUGGGCGAGAAGGAAAGGCAUGGAUCGCUGGUGCGUUGCCCAUUGUCGAAGGGGAAAUUGUUCAAGGGCCCAUUGCUCUUGUGGUACGCACCAGGCAACGAUUACCGAACCCAUAUAUUUGUCCAUGAUGGGACCGUGGAAUAAUCACUUGCAGGGAACGAGUGGCGAAAACAGAGACUUAACUACUUAGGUCACAUCUAGGUAUAUAUAUGUUGAAAGACAUUGGGCGUACAUAAUUGUGCCCGUUGUGGUGACGACACUUACAACAAGCCGACUUCCGUUGUUACUUCAAUCUGUUGUUUACAACUCAUUCUUUGAAGAAAUUUGUAGCUACCAAAUAAGUGUCUUGAUAAAUCGAGAUAUAUCAGUUACGCGUAUUGCACGUACUUUACAAUGAAUCGAUAUGAGCGUUUCCUUAAUUCUCUUGUGUCCCAGAUUACCAAGGGUCAGCAACUGUUUCAUUAUGAUAUACAAUGAGUGUAUAGUACUUGAAAUUAAAGAUAAAACUAAGAGUAUAGAUGUCGCUUAUCGUAAGCCAGAGUGUCGUGCAAACAGAAGAAGAUGUGUCAAUGUGUCAUAUUUUUUACAAUUGUCAAUUGAUUGGACAUGACCUUUCUCGUUGAUUUUUGGCAGAGGAGACUUACAUGGGCGAUCUCAAGCUAUAA